AUGCGACUACAGAACGAGCAGAAAGGACAUACUCUUCAGGCACAUGAGACACGAGUAUGGAACGUACAAGGUUAUGUUGCUGAUUAUGGCCCUGUCGAUGGUCUUCAACUCCCCCCGGAAUUCGAUAAAUUUAAGGUAACAGCAGCUGCGCAAUCCAUGUUGAAUUGUCACAAGCGACAUAUGUGCGGUUUCUGCAAGAAGGUGUUCCCAUUGAAGAACUUGUUGAGGAGGCACGUGCAAUUCGGUUGUAAGAUGAAUCCGAGAAAUUCACAGUUCGCCUGUUCUUUCUGCCAAUACAAGAGCACUUACAAGGCGAACAUGGAGAGACACGUGCGAAACGUUCACGAUACAGGCGUGUUGAAAUUUCGCUGCGAUCUAUGCAACUUUCGUAGCAAUUAUUCGUUCUGCGUGAGAAGGCACAUGAAGACGUUUCACCCCUACCGGAAGAUGUACAUGGGCGACCAGGUUCUCGGCUACACGUGCACAAUGUGCAGCAAGUUCUACAAGAUGUGGAGCAACUAUUUGAAGCACAAGUGCGAACCGCCACAGUUCAAGUGUCCAUUGUGUCCUUUCGCUGCAUUCAAGGCCUUCAUACUGCACGCCCAUCAGGCUGAGCAACACUUCAAGGUCACGUCACCGAACACCUGA